AUGGACUGUCUAGAAACACCAUCUAUAUUCUCCCGGAGUGAGCUUCACUUCAUAUCUAUCUAUCUAUCUAUCUAUCUAUCUAUCUAUCUAUCUAUCUAUCUAUCUAUCUGUCAUUUUUUAAAUCAUCUAUCUAUCUCUCAGUCACUUUAUAUCUAUCUAUCUAUCUAUCUAUCUAUCUAUCUAUCUAUCUAUCUAUCAGUCACUUUAUAUCUAUCUAUCUAUCUAUAUAUCUAUCUAUCUAUCUAUCUCUCAGUCACUUCAUAUCUAUCUAUCUAUCUAUCUAUCUUAGUCACUUCGUAUCUAUCUAUCUAUCUAUCUAUCUAUCUUAGUCACUUCGUAUCUAUCUAUCUAUCUAUCUAUCUAUCUAUCGAUCUAUCUAUCUAUCUAUCUAACAGUUUCAUUCUAUUUUCUUUAUUUAUUAUCUUUAAUCUUUCUUUCUCUGAUUUUCUUUCAUUUUUUUUAUUCUUUCUUUUAUUUCUUUCUUUUGAUCUUUUUUCUUUUUCUAUCUUUCUUUUUAUUUUAAUUUCUUUCUUUUUAUUUUACUUAUGUCUUUUCUUUUCUUUUUCUCUUCUUUUCGUUUGUUUUUUCUUUCUUUUCCUUUUCUUCGUUCUUUCUUUUAAUUUGUCUUCUUCUUUCUUUCCUUGA